GUCAGCUUGUCUGUGAGGGUGGACAUGGGUCUCGGACUCUCACAGAGAGAAACGCACACAUCUCUUCUGCUUGAAAAUUUCAAGAUUCUGAGCUCCAGGACUUGAAGUUCAUGCGCAGGUGCCUUUAGUAACACGACACUUACAAGGGAAGCCGCCGCAGAACCAAGCGUUGUCCCGAUCCUGGUGUCGCCAACAUGCCAGUACCACAGGUAGAGCGGGCAGGACACCGUGAUCCAAUGCUACACCAGGGUUCCAAAGGGGCAAGCAAAAUUGUUCCAAUUAUGCCCAAGGUGGAGCUAACGGAUGCAAGUGCUAACUUAAAGGAGGAAGAAGAUGAUAGCCCGACCUCCUCCUUACUUGAACAGACUGCAUUGGAGCUGUCUGCACACCCUCUUCCUGCGUACGAUGCUUUAGCUGCAACGCUCUCUCGCUUCAAACGAUUGCGAAAGCUCAAUCUCUCGGCAAUGGAGCCCUCCGAGAGCCAACCAAACGGCCUCGAUUCCAUCAAGUGGCUCGGGCGAGCUGCACUGGAGAGCCGAAACUCGAGCAAGAGGGAGAGCAAGAAGAGGCGAGACCAGGAUAUCGAGCAGGUGUGGUUCGGCAAAGAGCUGACAACGGUCAAUCUGAGCGGUAACUAUGCUCUGGGAAGGGCGCAAGCGGAUCAGGGAGAAGGCGCACUGGCCGGCUUGGAAGUGCUACCGAGCUUGUUCUCUCUCGAUCUAUCAAGCUGCUCCUUGGCAAGAUUGCCUCUAUUAGUUCUGCAACCGUCACUCCGGGCUCUAGUCUUGUCAUCAAAUGAACUCGAAGCUCUGCCCACGCUACCAGUGAUGCCGCAACUCAACACUCUCAUCCUCUCCCGCAACCGCAUCACGUCAAUCCCUUCCACACUGCCCAGCUCCCUGCCCGCGCUCAAAAAAUUCAGUGUUGCUCACAAUAUUCUCAAGGACGGCAGCAAGCUACCGGACUUUACGCCAUGCACAAGCCUGCGAGAAGUCCGAUUGAACGGCAACACCGGUCUGGGCUCACUACCGUCCCACUUGAAGAGCUGGGGCAAGGGCCGGGACGGAAAGGCGCCAGGGCUGGAGCUGAUUGAUCUUGGCGACUGCGGGAUCGAUGCGUGGUGUGCGCUAGAACCGCUUCUGCAGGCCGGCAAAGCGGCUUCUGCAUCCGGUCGCAAAGGAUUGCGAAACCUCAACCUCCGAGGGAACGAGGUUGCCGAGACCGAUAAUUUCCGCGUGAGGAUACUCGAAUGCCACUGCACUCUGCGCACGCUCAACAAUGCGAGCAUCGUACCAAAGCGCAAGCGCAUGGAGGAGGGUGGCGUUUCUGCCUUGCCCGCUGCGGAGUCAGUUGCCGAGGGAACAGGAUUCAAAGCAGUUAUCGAUGCUACAAAAGCUUCAGCGAGUGGAGCGGUGCCGAAGGAUCAAGCGGCGCAGGAAAAUGUUGGAGCCGCUCGAUCAGCAUCCGAGCACCAUGGAAAGCACAAGCGCGGGGCUAGGGGAGGCAACAAAAAGCACAAAGCUGCCGCCCCUGGCGAUGGGUACGUAGGCCUGGAGGACGUCACGCCUGAUGUUGUCGAGCAAGCGGUCGAGUCGGACGAGGAAGACGCCCGGGAUCGCGCGUCCGAGAAGCGGAUGCUUGGCUCCAGCGGCGCGCGCAAGCGAAAGCGAAGCGGAAAAGGGCAGCAGGUGGUGCUGGAGGCUGAGGAGGAUGCUGGCGCUGAGACGAGCGAUGGCCCCAUAAGUGCGAAGAAGAGGAAGACGGACAGCGCGCCUCAGCAGGCGAAAAUGCAGGCGGGCAGGCAGGAAGCAAAAAAGAGUGGGAAGAACAAGAAGGACGAUAAAAUUAGCAAAAAGGGCGAUAAGGGUCCAAAAGGGACCAACGAGAUGAAAAACUCAGCACCGCCUAGUGCUUCUGGGUCAAAGUCGGACAAAUCUGCAAACAAAAGCAAAGAUUCCCCUUCCUCUGGCAAUGCGGUCGAUGAAUCAGAUAAUGUGAAGAGCCCGAAGGAGCCAAGGGAUAAGCCAUCCAAGCAAGGCAGAGACACGCGGAGCAAGGUCGCCGAUGCGAAAAAGCAACAGCUGCCAUCUAUCAGCAACCUGCUAGCAGGGGAGCCAAAAGAUGCAUCCCCUUCCGCACUGCGGCCGCCGUCCAGUGGCGCGCCCAUUGUCGCCAAUGCGGCUGCUGCCCCACCCACCAAGGCUGAAGAGCGCAGUGCUGUCGUUGGCAUUGUAGAAGUGAAGAGCGUUAAGAAGAAGCAGAAACAGAACAAGGCGCAUGACGCAAGGGGUAGCAUCAAGGCGAGCGCCACCGGAGGUGCCACUCCAGCUUCGGGUGUUGGUAUUGGCGUGGGUGGCGGUGGAUCAGGCGACGCAUGGGGCGUCGGCUCAAGCGUCUGGUAGAGCGCCGGGGAAACAGUACGUUCUGAAGAUAUGGAAUAUGCAUGCAUAUGUCUCUGUGGAUGAUGUUGAUGG